AUGCGCUCGUUCACCAUCGCCGCCGCUGCCACCCUCAUCUCCUCCGUGUAUGCGUCACCAUGGACCAUGGGAGGCCUCUGGGGAGGGAAAUUCGACCCAAGCAAGUGCUUGACCCAACCUAGUGUUGAGACCCUCGUUGAUGGGUUUGGUCAACUCAUCUCCAACUACACCACCGCCCUCGCCGAGAAAAUCUUGGCCGAUAACUUUACCGACUACUCUGAUUCUAUCAACUCCCUCAUCGGCCAGCCAGUCGGUGGCGCCACCUUCCCCAGCAAGGCCGCUUUCGAGGCGGGCCAGGGCUCUCAGCCCGCAGUCCCAUUCCAGCUUCUUGCCAUUGAGGCUUACAACUGCGAUACCAUCUCCCUGCGAUGGAUUGUUGGUCUCCCGCCUCAGCCAGUCAAGGGCAUCACGGUCUUGAAGGCAUCCAACAGCCAAGGUCAAAAGGAUACAUGGCAAAUCAGCACCAUCUACACCGAGUUCAACAGCAUUGCGUGGUUGGAGGAUAUCGGUGGCAAUGUGACCUACCCCAGCCACUAA